CACACACAGCCAUCACCAUCCACCACCCGGCAGCUUCAACAGCUGGAGGGGCCCACAUGCACUGAGGGACCAACGCGAGCGCGUCCGCUUCUCUCUGGCCACCCUCUGCGCGCUGGUCCUCCGUGCGCGCUCCCUAGCAGAGACAGGCUUCGGGGAGCUCGGCGAGCAGACGAGCGACAGCGGGGGAGAGAGAAAGAUGGAGGUGAGGGUCGGGGAGAGACUCCUUUGCCUGGCCGUGCUGUCCAGCGUCCUUUGCGUGGAUUCAGUCCUCGGAAAAUACGUCAGAGGCAUCGUCAACACCAAAGAGGACUGGGUUUUUCUUACACGCUUUUGCUUUCUGACUGACUUUGGGCGGCUGGAUUUUCGGUUCCGAUAUCCAAAGUCUCGCUGCUGUCAGAACAUAUUGCUUUACUUUGAUGACAGUUCUCAAUGGCCAGCUGUGUACAAAAGGCCUGAAAAGAACUGCUACCAGAAGGAAGCGGUGCUGCGGCCCGAAAACAACCAGGUCAUCAACCUCACCACACACUACACCUGGUCAGGCUGCGUGGUGGAGGGAGAUGGGAAUGAGGAGGUUCUGAGCUGCGUGGGUGGCCGUAGUUUCCGCUCAGUGAGGGAGAGAUGGUGGUACAUCGCUCUCAGCAAGUGUGGGGGCGAUGGCCUGCAGCUGGAGUAUGAGAUGAAACUGACCAAUGGCCAGUCUUUCUGGACGCAACAUUUCUCUGCGGAUGAGUUCGGAAUCUUGGAGACAGACAUUACGUUCCUGGUCAUCUUCUCCAUGGUGUUCCUCCUCUCAUGCUACUUUGCCUACAAUCUGAAGGGAAGACAGCUUCUUCACACAACCUACAAAAUGUUUAUGACGGCGGCAGGUGUGGAGGUGCUCAGCCUGUUGUUCCAUUGUGUCUACUGGGGCCUGUAUGCUAGAGAUGGAGUUGGCAAUGGCAGCUUGAAAAUACUUGGGAAAUUACUGUUCUCCGUCAGUUUCUUGGUGUUCCUUCUGAUGCUCAUAUUGUUGGGCAAAGGUUUCACUGUCACCAGGGCGAGGAUCAGUCACAGUGGGUCUGUUAAACUGAGCAUCUACAUGACAGUCUACACAAUCACCUAUGUCAUCCUCUUCAUCUACGAGGCCGAGUUCUUUGAUCCAGGUGAAGUGCUGUAUGCCUACGACAGCCCCGCAGGCUACGGACUGAUGGGCCUCCAGCUGGUUGCUUACGUGUGGUUCUGCUAUGCCGUGCUGGUCUCUCUGAAACACUACCCUGAGAAGCAGCCCUUUUACGUCCCUUUUUUCACCACAUAUACACUAUGGUUUUUUGCAGUGCCUGUCAUGGCUUUGAUCGCAAACUUUGGGAUUCCUCGUUGGGCUCGGGAGAAGAUUGUCAACGGCAUUCAACUCGGCAUCCACCUCUACGCUCACAUCGUCUUUCUUGUUAUUACACGACCUUCAGCAGCCAAUAAGAACUUCCCAUAUCACGUUCGGACAUCUCAAAUUGGGAUCCUACUAUCCAGUCCGAAAGGUGGUGAAGGGGCAGAGAGUUUCCCCCAUCAUGCCUAUGGAAAUAGUUCAUUUCUAGGAGAUUCUCAACCCAACUUUACUGAACUCUUCUCCAUCCAAUCAGAUCCAGUAAAGACAGUGGAGGAGACAGUAGCCCGUAAAGGACCAGAUGUGCCAAGGAACAGCGAACAGAAGAUUAUCACCACUGCUGCUGACUUAACCUCGAUAUUGCCCCCACCUCCACCUCCAAUACCCCCACGCCCGGCCGCCCGUUCACCCCCACUGCCACCUCGGCUCCCCUCCUUCACCGAGUAUUUUAGCAUGCAGAGCGGAGGAGGAGCGGGGGUCGGAACGAAGGCAUGAAAUAGAAAGUCAGGACAGCAGGAGAUGGGAGGAGGCAUGAAGGCAAUGGACAGAAUGACAAUGCAAAGUAAAGAAAUAGUCUGAGUGGAAUAUAAGGUGUUACUGCUUAAAGACAAAAGGGUCAGCCAAAACAUAAAAGUUUGGAAGGACGUGAAGAAGUGAAUCCCUAAACGGUCCCUUUUCACCUGUGAAUGGAAAUGACCAGAAUGGAGGAGUGAGGGGAAAUGGCUGAGACACAAGUGCUGGGCUUGUUAAAGAAUAAAGAAGCAAUAAAUAUUUGAUGUUGACCAGUAAAAGGCACACAGGGAGAAAGAUGACAAAGUGGAUGUAGCCAGAGCAAUAGAAUGAUAGCUGUGCACAAUGUGGAAAUGAACAAAACUCCUGAAAUACUUUUCAUUCAAAAAUUCAUGAGGCAUUGAUGGUGUGCCUGGAAGAGUUUGUAAAUAGCUAAAAUUGGUGAGAGCUAUCACUCUAUAUAGUUUUAUUUCAAAAAAAGGAAAUUUAUUUUCAUGUUUUUUUCCACAUCAUUAAAUUCCAGUUGGUGCUGUGACCAUAGAAAAUUCUCAUGCCAUUACAUGUAUCAAAUUCAUGUAAAAAAAAAAAAGAAAAAAACUUUUUUUUUUUAAAUGUUUAACACAUUUUGAUAAAGCAUAGAUAUAUUUACCCUAUAUGGAGUCUGUUGGGUUAAUUUAUAUUCUUAUAUGCCUUCAUUGCAGCUGGUUAUUCUGGAUUGAUAUGCUGAUGUGUAACUGUAAAAUGUCACGUUUACUGUGGGCACUUCUAGGUACAGUACUUGUGAAACACGCAUGUUUGUAUUGUAUUCCCCGUUCAAAAAGCUGAUAUAUGUACUCCACAUGACCAUGCAAUAUUUGCUUAUUGUGUGUAUUGAAAUCUAUACUUUUGUAAAUACAUACAAUAGGCUUCAGUAUGUUUUUGAUUGGAUAAAUUCUGAUAAUUGUUAUUCCAAUCAAAACCGUCUUGCGCUGUCUGAAACACACUAUAAAGCCAACGUUAUAUCGGUUUUGUUAAUUUUUCACUUGAGUGCAGAAUAUGCCGGCUCAAAAAUGUCAUAUCUGUGUAUGUAGACGUUGGUGAAUGUACUGAUGCAAUACAGCACAAGAACAGGAGUAAUUUUCAAGUGACUGGAUUCCUGUAGUACACCUUUGUUGAAUUUUAUUUUAUCUUUUUGGCUUCUGUCCACAAUACAUUUAUGAUUUUAGAGCAGGGGGCUGCCUUUUUUUAAUAUAUACAAGUAACUUAAUUCUCACAUUUGUCUUGUACCUUAAAUAUUAAUACUCUAUUUGUUAGUUUUUCGUACCUGAAUGCGUAUACAGUGCGAAAAGCUGAACAAAUAUUACUAGUUUUGUAUCCCCUAAUAUUGAGCAAUGACAAAAAAAAGCCUUGUGGAUGAACUUUAAAAACAGCAACACAACUAUACAUUUUGUCUGUCCUGCAUGGAGCACUUUAAUGUUCCUGGUCUUAGUCUGUUUAUUCGUGAUGAUGUCACCUUAUAGGACUGCUUUUAAACUUGUAUUCACACCUCAUCCAGUAGUAUUCCAAAAGCAUUACACCUGUAAAUACGGUCCGAUUGUCUGGACAUGUUAAGGAACGUAUUAUGCUUGGCCAGUGUAAUUCAACACUGAAUCACAGAUGCUGAUGAGAAUAAUGUAAGAAUGACAUUAAAACUGAGUUUACCACCAGCUUUGUGCAGUUCAAAAACUGUCAAAAACAGUUAAAGUACACUGAGUAAUUCAGUGGUUUUAUCUUUCAUUUAUAUCUGGAUUUUAAACUAGCUGUACUGGGCUGACAGUCCACAGAUUUAUCAAUGGCAAUUUUGCUGUCAUGGAGUACUUUAGGUGAUGUUAGGACUGUGGUGUGUAACUUGUAAGAGUGUAGUCAGAGGUGUAACGUAGUCUGUGAAACCGAAUGAUACUUGAAUUAGAGUCCUAGUUGUUAUUUCUGAUUAUGUGUCUGGUUUGUUUUGGCAUGUCUGCCAUUUCGUCUGUUGUUGCCUGUUGUUACAGUUGCCAUGAAUUGACUGAAGACACUGGGGAACUCAAUAGGCUGAUACUGUAUCACUACUUCAACCUUGUGUAUAUUGACAUUUAAUUAUAGGAAUGACACAGAGUUGGGGGAAAGAACUUGAAGACAAGAGAUUAUGUAUGCAUGACAGAAAACAGCACAGCUUUUAGGCUCCUCAGAGCGAUCUGGUUAAGAGCACAUCACUAAAGCACCGUUCAAAUGCAUUUUAAUGGUGUCAAAUAAUAAUUCUAAACAUGCUGUACAUAUACACUUUUUGCCAAAUAAUAAAAAUAUGGUUUUAUUAGA